AUGGUCUCAUCUACUGGGAGCAGCAGUAACGAGCAUCGUCACCGUGCUAGCGCGGAUAACUUGCUCAACCACGACUUGCCCUCCAGUACGCCUUCUGCUAUCGCAGUUGUAGCCGCAGGCCAUCUGGAGCAUCGAGUGACUGUACCAUUGGGACCUCGUGCGAACGCCGUGACGGUUGCGAUUACUGUUGUCUCUCAAGUCUUCAAUCAGGUCUACCUCGUAGCCCUGGUUCUUCUAGCCCAACAACUUUCCCUCCGUAAGACCCUGCAUCGACGUCAAACGUUGACCGAGGUUCACGACAAGCAUACAGCCUGGAGCGGAUUCGGCGCCGCGCUAGUGACCGUCCUGAACCAGCGCAAGCUUCCUACAGCGGUCUGGGGUGUUUUUGCUAUCGCCGGAUACCUUCUGUCUAUCCUGGUUCUACAUAUCACCGUACCAGCCACGUUUUCGCUGGCUACGUUCAAUGAGUCUUUCCCUGGCACGGUGACUCUGACUUCGAACAUCCCGGACAUAGGGCCUACUGGAUCUAACUACUUGGAUCUGGAAGAUGCAUCUGCGGUACUGCCCAUGCUCAAGACGCUUUCUCACACAAAUACGACAAUAGGCCUUCAAGGAAACGUGAUUUUUGCCUCCGUCACAGAUGCGAGGGCUGCACAUAUCGACGGCCCACUCCCAAUCUUCCAAGAGUUUGAGGUCAACGCAACCGUCUUCCACGUCAAUUGUUCCCUUCUUCCAGGUGCGACGCAGAACGGGACCGGAUCGUUCAAUGAAUGGAAUAUCACCACACCGGUGCCGGAUGGGAGUACCUCGCCCACUGUACCCAUGCGUUUGCUCUACCCGUACGGAAUUCGCUUUCUACCAGUUGCUGCGGGAGUACAGUCAGUCCUUAUAGGUCAAUCGAUGAUGUUAUACGCUUCCCUCAAUAUCACCGACGACCAAGGACACAAUGGAACUCACCUCGAAUUAGAUCCUCCGAUGGCAUUCAGCGAUGGCCACGACUAUCUAUGGCUUCCUCAAACAUGGCAACCUACGAUCACGACAUGCAAUAUGUAUACUGAAAUAAGGAAUGUGAUCCUCGAUCCCUCAAGCCGAAAUAUCACCAGCGACAGCAUCCCGGAUCGAACGCCACAAACGACAUGGAGAGAAUGGCAAGCUCCUUCAGAGACGAACGAUACGUUGAUUAGCUCGUGGUCCUCCAUAGCCAAUGUUCAUUCUAUGAGCACCGUGCAGGCGACGACCUGUAAUGUCCCAUGGUUCUCUUAUCCGGAUCCCGCAAGCGAGACCUGUCAGUAUAGCGACUUUUUGACAGUCACAGAAAGGUAUCUUAAUAGCGCUCUGGGCGUUGGGCCGCCACGCAGUUUCUUCGUCAACAGCGAGGACAGACUUUCCUCCAUCUCACUUGCGGAACUCGAGAUGGCACUGGAGAACUUGACGGCAGCGAUAUACUGGAGUGCCGCCAACACCAUCCCAUCGAAUGGGGCGAGUGUUUCCUUCUUGACGAGCACCACGUCCGAGAUGAGAGGAGUUCUGCUGUAUAAUCCGAACGACCAGUUGAAUGUGAAUGUACUCCCGCUUCUGUUGGGUCUCGUCUCCUCUCUCGCUCUCCUCGUUCUUUUAGUCCUCAUCGUCCGACGUCCAGACCACAGCAAGAUCGACCCCAACCUCAGCAUGGUCGGAUUUCUGCAACUCAUCUGGCUACUUGGAAGAGGAAGCGAGGCGCAGGAUCAGGUCAUUGCGGUCAAGAGUCCGACGACGGACAAUCUGAGGAAGGCGGCGUUGGUAGAAAUUCACUUUGAGAGUUUACCGAGGGGCGGAGAUGACGAUGAGGUGGGUGAGUGGGACAAGGAGAAGAAUACAAGGAAGGACAACAACAGUGGUGGCAGGAACCGGGAGGAUGACGAGUCUUAUAGUCUAUAUGACGGUCAUGGGGAGCAUUGAUAGACCGGUGGAGUCGAUAUUGGGAUUAAGGUGAUCCCGCUGAGCCUGAAAUCCUUGGGUAGAAGCUUCAACUUUUCAGUGUUUCGAGUCUGUCGGAUGCAUUAUUUUUGCAUUAUUUCAGCUGCUCCCGAGCCUUUGGGGAUCCUUCAGACUCGGAGCGUUUCCAUAUAUGUCCUGCG